AUGCGCGUCUUUUCCAUUCUCGCCGCCGUCGCGUCAGCUGCUGUCGUAGCUGGCAACCCUGUAGCCCGCCAAACGUCCAAUUUCGCCGGCUACCUGAUCUCGACCUUCAGCGACGCCAACCCGAAAGUCCAAUUUCACUUGUCGAAUGGCAACAGCGCGUCUAGCUUCAAGUUCCUCAACAAGGGUCAGGCAGUCCUCAUGUCGACCGUGGGUACCAAGGCUGUCCGUGAUGUCUACCUGACAACAAACCCCUCGCGAUCAGAAUGGUACAUAAUUGCCACUGAUCUUGAUAUCAAUGCUUCUGGCUUCAACUGGGACAAAGCCACGAGAACUGGUAGCAGGGGCAUCGUUGUCUGGAAGUCCGCCAACCUCGUUGACUGGUCUGCUCCCACGCUAAGAAUCGUGGAAGCCGACACCGCUGGCAUGGUCUGGGCCCCGUCAGCCGUUUGGGACGAUGCAAAGGCUCAUUGGUACGUCUUCUGGUCCGCCCGACACUACCGGUCCACCGACACGGCCCACACCGGCACGGCAACGCUCGACCGAAUCCGAUACACCACGACAAAGGACUUUGUCACCUUCAGCCCGGCCCGAGACUAUCUUGCCUUAGCGGACACUCCCCUCAUCGACCAGGAGUUCCAGUACUUGGGCACAUCUGGCGCCUAUGCCCGCUUCCUGAAGAACGAGACUACCAACCAAGUCUACCAAGAGGUCACUUCGAAUGGCAUCUUUGGCACUUGGAAUCGCAUUCCUGGCUACGUCAGAAAUGAGAGCCCUCGCGAGGGACCUGCCUCGUAUGCCGACAACACCACCCCCGGGCUGUACCACCUCCUGCUGGAUGACUACACUCAAUAUGUGCCAUUCCAGACCAGCAAUAUUCAGUCGCCUAAUUGGCAGGCUGGUAGCACUUCUGGCUUCCCUUCUGGACUGAAGCAUGGAUCGGUUACGCCCCUCACUCAGACUGAGUGGAACGCGCUGAACUCGAGGUUCCCUGCUUGA